AUGACAGACGAGACAGAACCGGAAAAGGUAACCAAAGAUGUUAAAAAAAGUGCCGCCGAUAAAAAGUCUAAAAAAGACCAAAUUCUCGAAAUGGAGAAACAUUUAACGAAUAUUAGUACGAUUCUGUUGCAUACAAAUGCGACGCCUAUAAGGUAUCACGAUGGUGCUAACUAUGUUUGUGCGCUAUGUCCAGAAACGUAUCCCCUUCCGUCAGAGCUGAAGUUGCAUGUUUUGGAGGAACACGACCAAAUAGACAAAUCUUCAUUCAUGGAAGGUCAUAGACUAACUUCAUAUGUUGUCAAACUCGAUAUAACGAAUUUGCGUUGCUUGAUCUGUCACAGCGAAAUUGAAGGCUUCGAUCCCUUAUUUGAACAUCUAAAUACAGUUCACGGAAAAGGGCUACAUACUGACAUUCCAAACCACAUCUUACCGUUCAGAUUCGUCGGAAACGGUUUCGACUGCGUCCAAUGCCCUAAAUCAUUCGAACACUUCAAACUAAUCCAAGAACACAUGAGUGCUCACUACGGUAACUAUAUUUGCGAAACUUGUAAUUCCCGUUUCGUCAAUAAGAGAACGAUGCAAAAUCAUGCAAACAGACAUAAAAAAGGCGACUUCCCUUGCAGUCAAUGCGCGAAAAUAUUUGACACGAAUAGAAAGAAAUUAAACCAUGAGAAAUUUGUCCACGCGGGAGAUUAUAAGAGGAAAAAGUGUCCGUAUUGUCAGGAAAAGUUCACUAAUUACGCAAAAAAGAGAUCUCAUAUGGUCAAAGAGCAUGGGGCAGAACCGUUGUCAGUUAAAUGUGAUAUAUGCAAGAAGACCUUUAGUACUAGGGCCCGUUUAAGAGGCCACACCAGACGAGAUCACAUGGAGUGCCAGCAUGCAUGCCAGGAGUGCGAAAUGCGGUUUUUCACUAAGAUGGAGUUAGUGAAACAUAUGGUAAAGCAUUCGCCGCUGAGAGAGUACCAGUGCGAUAUAUGCCAGAAGGCAUAUGCAAGGAAGCAUACUCUUCGCGAACAUCUGAAGAUUCACGCGAAUAUCAGGAAUUUCAAGUGCGAACUGUGUGCGUAUACGUUUGUGCAGAAGUGCAGUUGGAAGACUCAUAUGCGUAAUAAACAUAAAGUAAAUGUUCCGUAA